ACCUAUCAAAAACCCUUCAUCACAACUCCAAAACUUUCUUCAAAAAUCUCACACCCUUUUCUCCAUUUUUCACAAUGCAAUCACAAUCUAACUCACAAAUCAAACCAAUGAACUCACUCAAACAAAUUUUUCAAAACAUUUUCUCAGAUAACAGUAACAUCAUGCUUGCUGCUAUCAUUUCCUUAUUACUUGUAAUUCUCUUUGUUCUUCUUCUUCAUCUUUAUGCUAAAUGGUUCUUGUCACAAGCACAUGCUCAAGCACAAGCUCGUAGACGCCGUCGUCGAAGAACAACUGUUACUGUCUCUGAUGUUCUUGGUCCUGCAAGGUUUCAUCAUUUCCAUAGCUUCAACAUUGAAGACUCACCUAUGUCUAGCUCAAACACUAAAGGACUUGAUUCUUCUAUCAUUGCUUCAAUUCCUUUGUUUAUUUAUGCAGAAAAGAUUCAAAAGAAUGAAAUUGAACAAGAACUUGAAUGUGUUAUUUGUUUGAGUGGUUUUGAAAAUGGUGAAAUGGGAAGAUGUUUACCAAAAUGUGGACAUGGUUUUCAUGUUGAAUGUAUUGAUAUGUGGUUGAAUUCACAUUCUAAUUGUCCUAUUUGUAGAGCUUCAAUUGUUAUUUUUGAGAAUGAUUCUUCAAGUAAUGUUGAUGGUUCUUCAAGUUUUGUUGAAAUUGUGAUUGAUGAAAGUUCUAGUUCUGAGAUUAGAGAGGGAGAACAAGGGAAUGAAAAUGAUAAUGGUAGAGUACAGAGUGAUUCUGUUUCAGAAACUUCAUCUUUGUUUGGUUGUUCUUUGAAGACAGUUUUCAGCAAAGUUUUUCCAUCUUCCAAUGUUAAUGAAUCAUAAUCUUGAUAUAUAUCAUCAUAUACAUGAAUCAUGAUCUUGUCAUUAUCUAUAUUUUGUGUAUAUUACUUGGGAAUGUUGCAAUGUUAUUUGUUCUGCUAAGUCUAAAUUCAACUAUGAAGUAUACACAUUUACAAGUUACUUCUUUGAUUUCUUUCUUCUUUCAUCUUCU